GUUUCUGUCCUCGACUUCAUUGUUUCUACGAAGCUUACGAAAACCUUGAAUUCACUGCCGUUAUCAGCCAUUGAGAUUAGUUGAAGAAAAAGGUUAACAGUUUUGAUUGAGUUUGUGCUGGUUAUAUAUAUUGGAGUACAUACGCGUACUUUAGUUGUUGAAAUAAACAGUAUGGUAUUAAGGUCCAGUUGGAAUUAUUAUCUUUGGAGAAAUCAGACGUUCAGGAAAAAGGCCAUAUGGCCUUCCAGGUUUCUCUUGGUAAGAAGAAGGGUAGUUAUGUCGACGUAUUGGAUGAUGGUGAUGAUGUUCACUGGGAACAGCAUGAUGAUAGAAGAAUUGCAGCAGAGGAGGGAGAACGGCUGAAAAAAGAACGAGAAAAAGACAAGAAGCCGAAGCCACGUCAGUAUGCAAAUACUAGCAAAGAUUCUUAUUCCUCCAAUCAGCUGGAGGACGGUGUUGCGGAUGCAGACAAGGCUGAAGAUGAUGAUGAUGAGUGGGAUGCAAAGAACUGGGAUGAUGAAGAUCUCAAGUUUCCAGGUGUACCCCGGCCGUUUGCUGAUGAGGACCAAGUCAUGGAUGAGCUUCAACCUAAUAAUCUAGGGUUUAAUCAUAAUCUGGACGACAAGCCCAAACAACAUGUUAAUAAGCAUGAUAAACAGAUUGUGAAAGAAGAAGUCGCCGAGAUGACACUUAGGUCCCCUAUUUGCUGCAUUAUGGGUCAUGUUGAUGCUGGGAAAACGAAGUUGCUUGAUUUCAUUCGCAAGACUAAUAUCCAAAAAGGUGAGGCCGGAGGAAUCACCCAACAGAUUGGUGCCACUUAUAUUCCAGCUGACAACAUUCGUGAGAGAACUUAUAAGUUGAAAGCUGAUGCAAAGCUCGACGUCCCUGGUCUGUUGGUUAUUGAUACACCUGGACACGAUUCGUUCAAGAACUUAAGGUCUCGUGGUUCUGGCUUAUGUGAUACUGCCAUUUUGGUUGUCAGUAUCAUGAAAGGUUUAGAACCGCAAACCAUUGAAUCUCUCAAUUUAUUGAGAAUGAGGAACACAUACUUCAUUGUGGCCCUAAAUAAGGUUGACACUAUAUACGGGUGGAAAACUUAUCCGAACAUACCAAUGAGGGACGCAUUGAAGCGACAGUGCCAGGAUGUUCAAGCUCAAUUCAAUUAUAGGCUCACUCAGAUAAAAACACAAUUUAUGGAGCAAGGUUUGAAUACGGAAAUAUACUACAAAAACAAAGAGGGAGAAACCUAUAGUAUUGUACCGACUAGCUCUAUCAGUGGUGAAGGAAUACCAGAAUUGUUAUUGCUACUGCUCCAGUGGGCUCAGAAGACAAUGGUUGUAAAACUUACAUAUCGCAGUGAAGUUCAGUGUACGGUUUUGGAAGUUAACGUCAUUGAAGGACUUGGAACAACCAUCGAUGUGAUAUUGGUCAAUGGUGUGCUUCACGAAGGAGAUGAGAUUGUUGUUUGUGGCUCUCAGGAUCCAAUUCAUACUACAAUCCGGUCAUUAUUGACUCCCUGUCCAAUGAAGGAACUUCGUGUCAAGGGAACCUACAUUCAUCACAAAGAAAUCAAAGCUGCACAAGCGGUCAAAAUUACUGCACAGAAUCUUGAGAAUGCAGUGGCUGGGACCUCCCUAUUUGUCGCAAGGCCUGAUGAUGACGUUGAAGAUCUCAAAGUUUCAGUCAUGAAUGAUAUGAGUAAUGUGAUGAGUCGCACUGAUAAAAGCGGUGGAGUUUACGUUCAAGCAUCAUCUCUGGGAUCACUAGAGGCAUUACUAGACUAUCUAAAGAAGCCAGAUGUAGACAUACCUGUUGGUGGUAUCGGUAUAGGACCGAUACAUAAGAAGGAUACAAUCAAGGCUAGCCUCAUGCUAAAGAAGAGACAAGAGUUUGCGACAAUGUUGGCUUAUGAUGUUGACGUGCUCCCAGAAGCCCGUUUGCAUGCAGAUGCGAAUGGUGUGAAGAUAUUCGUAGGUAACGUAAUUUACCCCCUAGUUGAUCAGUUGAAGGCUCAUAUUGAAACUUUCAAGGAAGAAAAGAGGAGACAAACCGCUGAAGAGGUUGUAUUUCCUUGUCGUCUUCAAAUCAUGCCAAACGACGUGAUCAGAAAGAAAGAUCCAAUCAUAUUGGGUGUGGAAGUUCUUGAGGGCGUUCUUAAGAUUGGAACUCCCAUUUGCAUGCCUAAGAAAGACUUCAUUGACAUUGGCCAUGUAUCUUUCAUCAGAAUGAACAACAGGCCUGUCAACUCUGCAAGAAUAGGACAAGGGGUGUCUAUCAAGAUAGAGGGAAGGAACGCUGAGGAGAGACAAAAAAUGUUCGGAAGGCAUUUUAAUGUGAGUGAUGAACUAGUGAGUCACAUCUCCAGGAAGUCAAUCGAUGUUUUGAAAGAAUAUUACAAGGAUGAAAUGUCCAAUGAACUAUGGAAUCUAUUGGUCAAACUGAAAAUCCUCUUUAAAAUACAGUGACCUUCACGGAUGACGGAUAUGGCUCUUCUUCACCAAGAGCUUACGUUAAGUUGUGCCACCUCUUUGCCAAUUGGCCUGGCAGUUUUGUUUAUGCUUUUACUUUUCUGAUAACUUCAAAAUAAAGGGAGGCCAUUAGUUCCAUAUCUUUAAAAAGUCUCUCAUCCCGAAUGAUUCAACUUUUACUGUGGAUAAUUUGUUUUGGAUUUUAAACCUUUGCAUGAUUUUGGGCUUGUUGAAAAGCAGCUACUUAAGUUUGAUUGUUAAAGAUGUCAA